AUGCGACGCCACGGCCAUUGGCACCUGCAGAAUUGUCCAAUCAGACGCUGCGAUGUGGUGCUGUUUAUGAUGGGAACAUGCAGAGGAGAUCGCAGUGGGGUCUCGGGGCUGAGUCACCGCCGUCGCCCACUCUUCGCCGGGUUCCAGGGCGUAAUGACCGCUCCGAGCCCAUUACCUUCAGCGCUCAGAGCAGAGGAAGAGGAGGAGGAGGAAGAGAAGGAAGAGGAGAUGAAAGACCUGGAUCGAUGCUCGGGCGAGGAGAACAAACAACUCCACGCUCGGUCACUUUUGCGGUUUGUUGUAAGUUCUGACCUUAUUCCAUGA